AUCUGCUCGUCUCCCGGUGGGCGGGGCGCGAGCUGCAGCGUCUGUGGUAACCCAAGCUGCAGCGGAGGAGCAGUCGUGAGGCGUUAGAGACUAGACACCCACCCGGUUGGCGGCGGCUAAGGUGCGUCGGGGGUCCUUAUCUCUGUCCUUGAGGCUGGAGGAAGGAGAAAACAUGACUGCUGGUUCAGUGUGUGCCCCUCAGAUCAUACCACUGCGAGUGCCUCAGCCUGGAAAAGCUAACCAUGAAAUUGAUACCAAUACUCUUUUGGAAAUGAAAUCUGACACCCCAGAUGUCAACAUAUAUUACACCCUGGAUGGCAGCAAACCUGACUUCCUAAAGAAAGUUGGUUCUGGUGAAAACAAUACAUUUAAGUAUAUAAAACCCAUUACACUGCCUGAUGGAAAAAUACAAGUUAAAGCUGUUGCCGUCUCUAAAGACUGCAGAGAGAGUGGAAUUGUAACAAAGGUAUUUCAAGUAGACUAUGAACCACCGAAGACGGUCUCUUCUGAAGAGAGUGUUGAAGAUGCCCUCAAAGGUUUUUCAAAGCAGGAAUUAAAAAAUGGAUUUGUCGGACCAAAAUUAAAGAAGAAGUAUAAGAAUGCUGAAAAUAAAUCGACUUGGAACGUUAACCUUAGACGGCUUGCAGACCUCAAGGUAGGCGAAAGAGCAGACCCUAAAACUCUGAAAGAUCUUCGAUUCUCCGCGAGUCCACUGGAAAUCCCAGCCUACCAUGAAGGAUCGAGUUCUAGAAUACCUACUCAUCAGUCCCAGUCCCCUGGCUUUGCACACAUAACUGGCCAGAAGAGUCUGACAAGCACGGAGAUCACACGGAUCCAGAGGGACACGGACUUCCUCAAGUGUGCCCACUGCCUGGCUUCCCGGCCAUCUGAUCCCUUUUCUCGAUUCUGUCACGAAUGUGGUGUUCCUGUGCCGCCCAUAUUUGGCUGUCGUCUUCCACCCCCAGAAGCCUCUCAGAUGGGCGUGUGUGCAGAAUGUGGAAGUAUGGUACCCAUGAAUACCGCCAUCUGUGUGGUGUGCGAGGCUCCUCUUGCUCCACAGCUGCGGGCACAGGCCCACUAUCACCUGAAGGAGAAGGUCAUCUGUCGCACCUGUGGCACCGUGAAUCCUGCUCAUCUGAGACACUGUGUUGUCUGUGAGGGGACCCUGCCUACCACACAAGAGCCAUGGCUGUGCAAUGGAAAUGAAGUCCUUCGCCCGCCUACUCGGAGUGGGGAGACCAUUUCCUGCUCCAGAUGUGGCUGCCAGAACAACUGGGAGGCAUCCUUCUGCGACUGGUGUGGAUCCGCGCUUGGCAUUUCUAGCAGCCACUCUGUCUGCCCAAAAUGUGGGGCCAACAAUCAUCUGUCUGCCCGAUUCUGUGGCACCUGUGGUAUUUAUGUGAAGUCCAUAGCAAGAUUUAGAAUGAACAACAGCUUGGCCCUGGUUGCUGGCGGACAUCGCCCAUUUUCUGAGCCCCGAUCUGCCUGGCAGUCCCUAAGUGUCCCUUUGCCCACUUCUGCUUUUGGGUCUAAGAAGGACACGGGCACACAGACCUCGGGCCUGUUCUACCCAUCUGGCAAGCUCCUGGCAAAGAAGGAGCUGGAGGCGGCUUCUCACAGGCAGAGGCAGGAGAAGAUGAGUGACCACAGGCCCGUCCUCACAGCCGUCAGCCCAGGAAGAGGCUACUGGAGAAAACAGUUGGAUCACAUCUCUGCUCACCUCAGGUCCUAUGCUCAGAACAACCCUGAUUUUCGGGCCUUGAUUGCAGAACCCAGGAUGGGAAAGCUUGUCUCUGCUACUGUCCAUGAAGACGGCUACGAAGUUAGCAUCAGGCUGAACUACAUUCAAGUCUCCAACAAGAACCUGUACAUCAACAAGUCGGUGAGUCUCAGUGACCACUUUCUGAGCAGUGUCACCGAAGGUGGCAAUGGGCUGUAUGACAGCAGGUCCAGCUUGGUGAGUGCCUAUAGCCAGAGCGCCUCAGACACCCCCGAAAGUGUCAAGAUGAAGAAUCUCAAGGCCAAAAGCUUCUACAGAAACCCAGAGAUGCCUACGCCUGAAAACAGACUCCUGCUGGAGGAAGUUGGCCCCACAGGGAAAGGAAGACUGUCUGUGCUGGAGCAGCUGCUCGAUGAAGUGAGUGCCUGCAGAACAGGCCUCUCUGCAGGGAUCAGCCUGGGAGCAGACCCUAACUGUUGUGAUAGUCAAGGUCGACCUGCUAUUACCGUGGCUGUUGUGAAUAGACAUCAUGAAGCCAUUCCAGUUCUCGCUCAGAGAGGAGCAGACCUCGACCAGCAGUGGGGACCGUUCAGAAAUACAGCUCUUCAUGAAGCAUCUCUACUUGGCCUGGAAGGAAGGGAGAGCAUCGCCAUUUUACUGGGGUGCAAUGCAAACAUCCAAAAGAAGAACACAAGAGGCCAGACAGCAUAUGACAUCGCUCUUGAGAUUGGAGAUGACCCCACCAUUUCGCUCUUGGCCGCUAAAUUCAGCCAAGGUCUGGAAGACCAACUUUCCCCAUCUGGGAACCCCACCCUAGGGGACAAUUAGAUCUGAGGUAUUCACAAGGCUGCAGACAGACCACCCAGCUAUAGCUGGUCUUACUUUUGGAAUGUGUGUUUAAAUGUAAGAAUUAGGGUUGAAAGGAACUCAUAAGAUUUGUGAGUGUGUAUGUGUGUGUGUGUGUGUGUGUGCGCGCGUGUGUGUGUGCGUGUGUGUGUGAGCGCGUGUGUGUGUGCGUGUGUGUGUGUGUGUGUGAGCGCGCGUGCGUGCACGCGUGUGCAUGUAUGUACCAUGGUAGAAGGGAUUUAACCCAGGCAAGGCUAGGCAAGUGUUGUACCACUGUGUUAUAUUCCUAGCCUUCUUUAUUUUGAACUCAUGAAGUUGCUCAGACUGGCCUUGAACUCACUCUGUAGCAUAGAAAGGCCUUGAAUAACUUGGGAUCUUCCCACCUCAGCCUCCCAAGUAGCUGAGAGUACAUACAGGCUGGGACCAGCAGACCCAGCUUUUUUUCUUUCCUUUUUUAUUUUUUUUUUAUUUAAAGUGGUAUAACUACCCAAUACCACAUAUCCCUUGGAGUAUGGUAAAAUUAACAUAUGCUUUUUAAUGUUUUAUUUUCUGUUUUGUUGUUGUUUUUUGUUUUUUGAGACAGGUUCUCACUAUACAGCCAUGGCCAGACUAGAAUUUGCUAUGUAGACCAGGCUGUCCUUGAACUCACAGAGAGCUGUCUCUGUUUCCCAAAUGCUGAGAUUAAAGGCAUGUGCCACUAUGUCCAGACACUUUUUGAUGUUUUAUUGAUAAUUUUGAAGUUUGGUUUUUAAUUUUUGUUUUUCUUCUUUAUUGUUGUUUUUGAGACAGGGUCUCAUGUGUCCUGUCCUUGAACUUGCUAUGUAGUUGAGUAUGACCUUGAACUUCUGAUCCUGCUCCCUCCACCUCCUGUGUACUGGGAUCACAGACUUGUACCACUACAUUAGAUUUUAUGUGGUACAGGGGAUUGAACCCAGGGCUUCAUGCAUGCUAACCAAAUACUCUACCAACUGAAGUGUGCUCCCAACCCAGUUACUAAUUUUUCAAUAGAUAGUAGUUACAUGUAGUUCAAAGUCAGAAAGUAUAAAGUUCUACAUAAUAAAGCUCUUCUCAUCCAGAUUCUUCAGCCACUGCUUCACGCUUAGAGUCAGCCAUGUCUCUGUAGGGUGAUACAACAUUAUAUAAUCACAUGUGUAUGUGUACACAAGGAGUAUAGCACGUAUAUAUCCUCCCCUGCUUUUAUUGGACGUAUAUAUAUAUAUAUACAGCUUAAUCAAAUAGUUUAUAAGAACUCAUAGUGGAAUGACUGUCCUUAUCUUAGCAGAAAACACAGUGUAUCUGAAAGGCCUCUUCCCAGGAUUCAGAACUAGAUGACCCUGUCUUAUACUCCCUCAGGCUGGACUCAGUCCAUUCAGGCUCUUCUCCCUCCACCCCGCAGUUCUCCCUGCAUGCUGGUGACCCCUCACCCACAGCAGAGAGGUGCCUGAAAACAAUUGUACUUGGAUGCAAGCUUUACAGAUGGCUCUUUCCUUCCUCCAAAGGGGACUUCACAGAAGUAUGCUACUAGGAAUGGGUUCCAUAUCAAUAUAUCUUAGAUUCUGCUAAGUCUGCUGAAAGCAAGACUACACUUACUCAGCAUGACAUUGUGUUAAUGGCUGUUCCUCUUCCCUCAACUCAUGUCCUCACCCUUGAUGUGAUGUUCAGGACAUCCAUCAGGGAAAGAGAGCCACUGUCUGUAAGAGACCUGGGGCACUUCCUACAGAUAUGUGGGCAUCUGGGAAGUGGCAUCAGAUGCUUCUGUGACUGCAGUCUUACAGGUGUUUGGUUUUCUACCUUCCUGGGCAAAAAGAGUAGCACUCUGCCCCUCCUUUGGAGGAAACUUUACAUUGUAUCGGAGCAUUGUGUGUGGGCCUCCAGCAGCUCUAGCUCUCCUUUUUAUUUAAGGAUAGUAUAUGAGUCUGCUUGGACAGAGAGGGUGGCUGCCAUCUUUGCCUGCCUCUCUGUAUAACAGGUGACACAGUUGGUCACAAUCUGUGUCCCAAUAGUAAUUAUGAUCCCACAUAGUUACUCAGUCCUCAGAGCUACUUUUGCCAGCAGUCACUCUACAAAUCCUGUUGACCAACUUGAAACCAAAAUGCUCUGCCUAGAUAUCUGUUCUGCAUAUGUCCCUUGAAAACACACAGGGGUGGUUUAAAGUCCCUGAUCUUUUGCAGAGGUGCUGUAAGAAAGCAUGUCUAAACACCAGGGAACUCUUCCCACUCAGACACACAUGCUGGCACACUCAUGGAGUUGGCAUAACUUGGAUACAGCAUUGGGGGAGCAUGGGCAGAGAGUGGCAAGAGAAGACAGAGAAAUUAGGCCCGCUGAAGGUGUUGGGAUGUUAUGGUAAUGGCAUGGAUAUGAUUCUUGGUACAUACAAAAGAGGGUAUGUGGGCAGAGAAUGGUAAGUCCAGUCUAGCAGAGAGAGGUUCGGUAGCCAUGCAUGAGUGGAAGAUAGUGGAGGCCAGUUGAUGGGAUGGAAUGUUCUCUUGUGGAGUGGUCAUCUGAAGGAUGGACUUGCAUAGUUCAAGAGAGGAGCCUCUGUCCAGCAGGAAACUCCCCCCGACUGGUGUCUGUCUAGGGCAUUAGUGCACUCAGAGGAGUCUCGAGUUCUUCACUGAUUGGUGGGGACAGGCCAACUGAUAGGACAUUCUCCACAGCCUACACUGUCUGAUGUCAUGUAAAUUCAUGGUGCAGUGAGCUGGCUCCUGCUGGAAGACAGAAUGCAGCCCUUUCCCUACAAAAAGUCCCUGAAGGCCUCAGCAAGCUUCAGGGGCUGAUGCCCUUGACCACUCCCAGAGUCCUCCAUCUUUAGCAAAGUUGGCACUCACUAACAGCAGGUGAAUUGUCUCCUGCAACCACUAAAGUAAAGCACUUCAUUGUUUUUAAUCUGUUCCUAUUUGCCCCAGUCUGGAUCUUGCCAUCUCCAGGUCUCUGUAUCUAUUGUAAGAACCCAGGAGGAGCUGUAGGUUUUCUUGGUUGGCAGUAUGCAGUCUGUAGGUUUGAAUUAGAUUCAGGUUACCCAAAGUGAUGGGCCAAAAUAAUAUCCACAAAAAUGAAUUUUCAAGUCUGAGAGUCUGAAAACUGUCUCGGCAGUCCAGCUUUUGUACAUAGAUCAAUAGCAGUGACCACAAGCCUUCCCUGUGCUCUAGAUCCAUUGAAUGCAAAUCUUUUUAAAGUGUAGGCAGCACUUAGGCCAGCUCAUCUGCCAUGUACCAUUGGUACCCUGUUGGGAAUGAGGCUGCACCUUCCUGCCUACCUGGGUCAUCUGCAUGACAGACAGCAGAGUUGGUGAUCCCUUGCAUAUCCUCAAGGUUAGCAUGUUGAAAGAGGAUGUUUGGUUGUGUCUUAUCCUGUGACGUGUCCGUAUAAGUAGUCUGUUUCCCUUCAGGAAGCUUCUUCAGUGACAUGACCAUAUGGGUUGUUUCUGUGUUAUGUUCCUGAUGGCCAAAGUCCUGGAUGUGUCUUUUCAAAGUGGUUUGACCACAGAGUUGAACAAGUCUUGAAGUACACCUAAGAGAAUGGGUGAGAAUAGGGGAGUCCCCAAGAUAAACCUGUAAGAAGUGUGGGUUAGUGAGGUGUCUUUCAGUGGUUGAAGGCAGGUCUUUGAAGGGGCUUGCAGGAUCACAUUCUCUUUUGCUUCCUGGUGAUGCAGUGAAUGAUUUUGUCUUGGUAUGAUGUAUUGUCUUGCCAUGUGCCCAAUGGCAUGGAACCAAAUGAUCGUGAACUCAAAAGUUCAAAACUGUGAGCCAACACAAACCUUUUCGUUUAUAAGUUGAUUGUCUCGGUUAUGUGUUAUAGUAAUAAAAAGCUGACCAGCACAGUGUUGUACCUGCAUGCCUACACACCCAACGUCCAUGCCUGAGACUGUAAGUCUCAUGUUUAAUUAGAGCUCCUGGCACAGGUGGGUUCUUAGGAAACAGUUGUGAAAAUUCACUUUAUGGUUUUUUGAAUGGUCAAUGAGCCUAAAGGACAGCUUUGCAAAAUAGAUAUCUUGGCUAUUAAGUUUGGAAAACACUUAUUUUCUGAUAUGAGGUUGUGCUCAAAAUGCAAAUAUGUAUAUCAGCAAAUUUCUAGAACGAGCUGAUACCUUGGUUAUAUGGGUUUAUGUGCUGUGAGAUUAGAAAUGCUGGUGCGGGUUUUGCCUCCUAGACAUGUGUACAGUAAAGAUGGACAUUCAGGACUCAGAAGAGUGAUUCCCUGCCUAUCCUGUGCAGACAAGUAACUAUUCCAUGAAACAUUUCAUGUGUGUUACAAGAAAUUAAAGCAACAGAAAAUCUAAAUAAAGGAAAAAUUCCUGAACUA